GAGAAGUAUCACAGUAACUUAGAGCACAAAAUGCGUGUAAUGGCAGAUGUCAAGGCACGAAGGCAUGCUGCAAAGUUGCGAGAGGAAGAAUUUGAUGUUGUUGUAGAGAAUUUUUUAGAGAAAGUGAAGAAUGGGCCCCAGUUUGUCUGCUGUGUGUGCCAUAGGUUGAUGUUUAAACAUCAGGUCCUGCAGUGUCACAGAGAGCAUUACAGCAAAAGUGCAAGUGCUUCUCUUGUGAACACGUGCAUUAAUGAGGAUUAUUUGCACAAAUGUAGUGCAGAGUGCACGGUGCCUUGUUUGUUGUUGGAGUCUGGUAGAGGGCAGUUGUGGGUUUGCUACACUUGCCAUUACAAGAUUAGCAAAGGGGAAUUCCCACCUGAAUGUGUGGCAAAUAAUUUGGGGGUGGACCCGAUUCCUCCUGAGCUGGCUUGCUUAAACAGCUUAGAGCAACACUUGAUUGCACUAAAUAUCCCCUUCAUGAAAAUGCUAGCUUUGCCUAAAGGGGGGCAAAAUGGUGUCCAUGGGCCUGUGACUUGUGUUCCGGCCAAUGUUGUAGAAACGACAAAUUUGUUGCCACGGUCCAAUAUGGAAGGCUCUAUGCUCCGUGUCAAACUCAAAAGGAAGCUGACUUACAAAGGACACUACGAGUACCAUUUUGUUGACAGCAUGCACAUUCGUGAAGCCUUGAGGUAUCUGAAAGAGUCUAAUGUGCAUUAUGAAGAUAUAGAGUACAACGAGGAGUGGGUCAAUGACUUUUGUAGGGAACCUGAUGCCUCUCAGGUGGAGGACAGUGUUCCUGCAGUAGAUGUCACACCGCCUCUAGAUGCAGAAGAUGAGCUUCUCCAUGAUAGACAGCAACACUGCAUGUUUCAGGACACAUGUUUAAUGCCAGUUGACAUUGGUCAGGAAGCGCUAGAUCAGUAUUACGACAAUAUAUUGAAUGUGGCUCCGGCAGAAGGCAAUAAUCCUGUGAGGUUGCUUUCUGACCAUUCGAAUGAAGCUAGAUGUUUCCCAGUGUUGUUUCCACGCGGCCGUUUCACGUUUCAUGACACUCGACAAUAUAGGCUGACGGCGUCACGAUAUUUCAAUAAUCGUAUAAUGCAUGCUGAUAAGCGGUUUGGGCAGAAUGUGGAAUACAUAUUCUAUGCUCAGUACUUGUGUGAACUUGUGCAGGUGGUGUCGAGCAUUUCCAUUGCUUUACGCAAAGGAAUUGCUGGUUUGGUGGCAAAAAUGGCCAAGGAUUUGUUGACCAACGAUGAGUCGUUAAAGACAUUGUUGGAAUGUGACCAGGGCUAUCGUUUUCUGAAGCCCAUCAGAGGCACUCCAGCCUUUUGGCAGAGUACGCAGCGCGAUAUUUUGGCUUGUGUGCGUCAGCUUGGUGUUCCCACCUGGUUUUGCUCUUUUUCGUCUGCUGAUUUACGGUGGCAAAACUUGGUAGACUGUGUUUUGAGGCAAGAGGGUAGAACGCAAACGGCUGCAGAGUUGGAGUGGGCUGACAGGUGUGAUUUGUUGAGACGGAAUCCUGUGACUGCUGCACGGAUGUUUGAUUUCCGGUGGCAUGUCUUUCUCAGAGAGGUGAUAAUGUCUUCGAGCCAACCGAUUGGCAAAGUUGUAGACUAUUUUUACCGGGUGGAAUUUCAGCAGCGUGGUUCCCCGCAUGUACAUUGUUUGUUCUGGGUCGAGAAUGCCCCACGUAUUGAAGUGAACUCAGAUGAAGAAGUCACAAAGUUUAUUGAUAGAUAUGUUACUUGUGAAUUGCAGCCACAGGAUGAAGGAUUGACAGAGACAGUGUCUUCCGUACAGCAGCAUUCUAAGAGACACUCUAAAACGUGCAAAAAGAAAAACACAGUGUGUCGUUUCGGUUUUCCCAAACCUGUGUCAGGACGAACAUUUAUUAGCCAUCAGUUUGACGGACAGGGACAAAAAACAUGCACUUGUCAGGUUAGCCAAUCAACCGGUGUUAAAACAUGCACAUGUCCAAAAGCAUCCCAAAAUGCCGUAAACAUGAAAGCAGAAGAGGCGUCGGAAAUCAUAAAAUCCAUUAAAACAGCCCUGGCUGACGAGAACCACGCAUAUCAAAGCGUGGAACAUUUGUUCCAUAGUCUCGGUAUAACACAAAAUACUUUUGAGGCCGCACAUCGCCGCUUGGGUCGUCGUACGGAAGUCAUAAUGAAGCGUCAAAUCAAUGAGGUUUGGAUCAAUCCAUACAGCAAACCUCUGCUUAAAUGCUGGAAUGCUAAUAUGGACAUCCAGUAUGUCGUUGAUGCGUAUGCGUGCGUGGUUUAUAUAAUCUCGUAUAUUUCCAAAGCUGAGAGGGAGAUUGGAUUGCUGCUGAGUAAUGCCCAGAAAGAAGCAUCCAAACAGGCAAACGUCAGUGCCAAAGAGGCCUUAAAAAGUCUUGGCAGUGUGUACCUGCACAAUAGAGACGUGUGUGCACAAGAGGCCGUUUACCGGGUGACAAAUAUGCAUCUUAAGGAAUGCUCGCGCAAAGUAGUUUUUGUUCCAACAGGGGACAAUGUGGUCAAAAUGAGUUUGCCUGUGAGUGUUUUGCGUCAAAAAGCUUCAUCGGCCGAAUUAACAACGGAAGACAUGUGGAUGACCAGCAUUGUCGACCGUUAUAAAAACAGACCAAACGACGACACGUUUAAUGACAUGUGCUUGGCACAAUUUGCUUCGGAAUACCGCAUCAUUAGCAAAAACGAAAGGUCGGCAUCCAAAAUAGAACUUAAAAACAACUACGGACAUGUGACAAAACGUACACGGACCAAACCUGCCGUCGUACGCUCUGCGCGCUUUUCAGAAACCAAAAACCCAGAGUUGUAUUAUCGUAGCCUUUUGCAGUUGUAUCUGCCAUACCGAGUGGAUUUGCAGUUAAGACCUGCCAACUGCCCAACAUUUGAAGAAUUUUAUGACAAUGGUGCGGUCCGAUUAAAUGAUGGGUCGAUGCAUUCUGUUCGAUCCAUAGUGGAAACAAAUAAACAACAUUUCGACAGCGACGGGGAUGAACUGGACAGCAUCCAAAGAUCUAUUGAUCACAGCGGUGUUGCUGAGGAUGCGUGGUGUCUGCUGUGUCCAGAGCAAGAAUUGGAAAGGCUACAAUGCGAAGAAGAACGCCGGAAAAAACAACAGUUGGUCGAAGAAGAGGCAGAAGUAAUACCUGACUUGGCAAAUGAAAAUAGAACCGCUCUAAACUUACAAAAGCAAAAGUCAAUGAGUCGAAAUGAUGGCUUGGCAUUAAUCCGCUCCCUAAAUAAUACUCAAAUGGACAUUUUUUACAAAAUUAGACAGUGGUGCCUUGAUAAAGUAGGUGGGAGAAAACCCGAGCCUUUACACUUAUUCAUCACAGGUGGUGCCGGGACAGGAAAAAGCCACCUAAUUAAAGCCAUCCAAUAUGAGGCUACCAGGUUGUUGUCAACAAUGUGUCGGCAACCGGACAAUAUUUCUGUCUGUCUAGCUGCACCAACAGGGAUUGCUGCUUACAAUUUGAAUGCCACAACAAUACACAGCACAUUGAGCAUCGGCAAGGAUACCCGUUUGCCUUACACACCACUGGGUGAGGAAACGGUGAAUUCCUUGCGUGCCAAGUUCGCGGACCUCCAAAUUUUGAUUAUCGAUGAAAUAUCGAUGGUUGAUCACAAGUUGUUGACGUACAUUCAUGGUAGGCUCCGACAAAUUAAGCAAACCGGUGACUAUGCUGCAUUUGGCAACGUCAGCAUCAUCGCAGUCGGUGAUUUUUACCAGUUACCGCCAGUCAAAGGAAAGCCUCUUUAUGUCGAAGACGCCACUUUCAACUUGUGGACAAAUCUUUUCAGUGUUGUCGAACUGACAACGAUAGUCCGGCAAAAAGAUAAUCAGUUUGCAGCAUUGCUAAAUAGACUCCGCAAACAUCCAAAAGGCGCGGCGUUGUUGGAAACAGACAUAGAACUUUUGAAACAGCGCGAAACGGGUGAGGUCAGCUCCGCGUUACAUGUGUUUCCAACCAAUCAACAAGUAAACGAAUACAAUCUAAAACAGCUUUUCAGGAUCUGUCCGGAGUACACGACGAUAAAAGCUGAGGAUUUCAGCCAAAACAAAAAAUCCGGUAAAUUAGAAAGAAAAGUAGGGCACCACAGCAAAGUUUACAACACGUGUUUAGAGGAAACUCUGCACAUCGCUAAAGAUGCACGUGUAAUGCUUUGCAAAAACAUCGAUAUUGACGACGGCUUAGUUAACGGGGUUAGUGGCACUGUCUCUGAUGUUCUUUUCCAAAAGGAUGACACAUUUCCGAGUAAGAUCUAUAUAAAGUUUGAUGAUGCCAAAGUAGGUCAACAAAGGCGCGCACAAACUGCUGAGUCUGUCACGCUAAAAGACAGUACAUUUAUUCUGCCAGAGGAAGAAAAAGUAACUAAAAGUGGUGGCAUGCGUCGCCAGUUCCCUCUGAAGCUCGCUUGGGCUUGCACGGUACAUAAAGUCCAGGGUGUUACCGUGAGCAAUGUAGUUGUGUCUCUAGACAGGGUGUUUUCCGCAGGGCAGGCGUAUGUUGCAUUGAGUCGGGUCACAGCUUUAGACGGUUUGAUUAUUGAAAAGUUUAAUGCCGAAAAGAUUUACUGUAAUGAUGCCAUUAAGAAUGCUGUAGGUAGGAUGCCAGCAUUUUUGACAGAAAGUGAACCAACACAAACAAAUGUACAACCACCACAUUUCACAAUUUAUUUGAUGAAUGUCCAAAAUUUGACAAAACAUGCGUCAGAUUUGGCAGCAUGUACACAGCACCUGCAGCCUAACUGCAUCGCUGUGACAGAAACGUGGCUGCCAACGGCAUGUACACCCAGCAGUGUAACCAUUCCUGGGUAUCAUUUCCAUAGCCAACCACGAUGUUUGUCUUACUCCAGCAGUAACCCUGCUUUGGUAGAAUUACAAGGGCAACAGCAUGGCGGAGUUGGCAUGUACAUUGCAGACCACCUGCACUGUAGUGUUGUCUCCGCCCCAAACUUCAACUUGGAAGUUUUACUGGUGAACUGCUCCUCACCCAGUGUGUUAAUAGCAGUUGUGUAUCGACCACCCUCCUAUCCAAUGGCGUUGUUUCAAGGUCACCUUGGCACGCUGCUGGAUUGGUUGCACCAGAAGUACGCCAGCAUUGUCGUACUGGGAGAUUUUAAUGAAAAUUUGUUAAAAUCUUCCACUAUCAGCACAUUCAUGGCUAGGAAAGGGUUCUGCCAGUCAGUCAAACAUCCUACCACAGAAAAGGGUACACUAAUUGACCAUGUAUAUGUCAAAACAUCACACUUUGAUGUAGAAUCGGUUGUGAUGCCCACUUAUUUCAGUGAUCAUGAAGGGAUUUUGUGCUCUUUUAAACACUAAAUUUAAAACGCACACACACGCACAUACACAUUCCACUUCAGCGUUCUUCUGGCAGUCUUAUGGUGUAAGUGUAGUGUAUAGUGUAAAAUAGGUUUAGGUUCAACCAGUGGACAAUUUACAAUCCACGAGUUUACUUGCCCACGAGAACGGUGGAUUGUAUUUGUCAAUCACUGAAUGAACGUGUAAGUGUAGUGUAUAGUGUAAAAUAGGUUUAGGUUCAACCAGUGGACAAUUUACAAUCCACGAGUUUACUUGCCCACGAGAACGGUGGAUUGUAUUUGUCAAUCACGGACUAAAAGUGAAAUCACUGGUCAUAGUUAAGAUCCCAGUUUCUGUCAAACCAGUAAAUUAACAUGUAAAUAUUGUAAACAUGUAAAUAUUGUAAACAUGUAAAUAUUGUAAACAUGUAAAUAUUUGACAUCUGCUUGUAUUUUAAAUAAUGUAAAUAUGUAUAUAUGUAAAUAUGUAUAUAUGUAAAUAUGUAUAUAUGUAAAUAUGUAAAUGUGUAUAUAUGUAAAUAGUACCUGAUGAAAUGAUCCCAGUGCUGCCUCACUCACCUGUCCUCUUGUCUUGAUAGUUACCGCCUGUCUGCCUUAAAGUUAAAUACUAAAGGGAUUCAAACCUUUUUCAACAGUUAUUUUUCUAACCAAAUUGUAUUAGUCAAUCACUGCCGCAAAAUUCAACCACUGCCCACUAUUAAGAAUUAAAGGGAUUAAAACUAAGACUUUUCUGAACACGUUGGUAUUUUUCUAACCAGUGGACAUUUUCCAAUCCGCGAGUUUACUCUUCCGAGAACGGUGGAUUGUGUUUGUCAAUCACUGGCGAAAAAUACGUUUUUUCAGACACGGUAAUGCAAACAAUGAGGGCAAUGUAAAUAUGUAAAUGAAUAUGUGAAUAUGUGAAUAUGUAAAUAUGUAAAUAUGUAAAUAUGUAAAUAUGUAAAUAUGUAAAUAUGUAAAUAUGUAAAUAUGUAAAAAUGUAAAAAUGUAAAUAUGUGAAUGUAUAUUGUGACUAACCUCUGCUCUUGUCUUUCCAGUUGCCGGCUGUCUUCAGUUCCACGCACAUGAUCUUUAUAUUAAACAUAGUAGCAGUAGAAGUACAUGCGUAGAUUUAACAUAGUAGCAGUAGAAGUACAUGCGUAGAUUUAACAUAGUAGCAGUAGAAUAGCAUAGAAGUAAAACUAAUCCCAUAAGUGCAUCAUACCAACUAUUAUAAUAGCAAUGUAGUCGUUUGCAUGCAUGUGAGUUUUCAUCAACAGGACAAGACCCCUCUGACGGUGUGAGUGUCCUCUGACAACUGCUGCAUGUGUGAAUGCUGGCUGCUUCCAGAGGAGCUCCCACCGUUGCACCUUGACAUCCACCCAUUGAUGACUAGAUAGGAUACUGGUGAUUCCGGGAACUGGUCAUCGUGGGACUGCAACUGCUGAUCCUUUCCUCCACCCAUUCUUAAUCCUCUGUCCUUUCUUCACCACUGUCUACCUACCAUCUCUCCAUGUCAUCCCUCUCAACCCAACCGGUCGAGACAGAAGGCCGCCCCAUAGAGCCUGGGUUCUGUCCAAGGUUUCUCAAAGAGUUUUUCCUUGCCUCCGUUGCCAAGUGCUUGCUCGUGUGGGGUUCAGUUGGUUCUCUUUCUAGAUAGCUUCCAUAUGAUGAUUAGAAUUGGCACUAAAUAAAAUAAAUUGGCUUGACAUAACUGCUUUUGUCAUUUCUGCAUGUUUAGUACAUAAGCCCACACGUGUUCAUUCAUAGUUUAGACAAUCUACAAUGUCAACUUGGUCUCUGCUGCUAUCCUGCAAAACACUCC